CCCAGAAGCUCCCAAGAGGGCCCCAGGACUGCCCGUAGCCAUUUUGGCUCAAUUUGGGGCUCAAGAGCCUUCCGGUCAGGAUAUCUUGCGCGUGCCCUCUGAUAUAGUUAAUUGCACCGAUUCGGCGCUUACCAUUGCAAACAAUGGACUCGUUCACGAGGCGUGCCUCAUCUCAGUGCUUUCACAGCGAUGAGUAUUUUGAGACCUACACUUUCUCUCACCAAUUCGACCAAGCAUCAGGUGGCAUGUGUACGUCGUUGCCCAGUUGGGGCUCACUGCCCACCAUGCAUCCGGUCUCCAUGCAGUCGCAGCUUGCCCGGCAGGAGAACCACCCCAUGUUGCAGUCGAGCGGCGGCGAGUCGUGGAAUACUUUUGACGAGUUCGACGACCCACGCGGGCGUCGGCGGGCAGAAAUCCAAAGCAGCAACCCAUCCGAACACGCGCAGGAUUCAGCCCAGUUGGGCCUUGGCGGCGCCCCCUCUGCGGCCGAUGCGCAGCUGCCAUCUCGGCCUGGAGGCGUUCUGCUGCUCCAUGGCCAGUCGCUGCCGCGCAGGCAGGAAGACCCCCCCAUUUUGCAGUCGAGCGGCGGCGAGUCUUGGAAGACCUUUGACGAGUUCGACCACCCGCGCGGGGGCGCUCUGCCUCUGACCACAGUAGGCGCUCUUCUGCUCGAUCGCUCCGCGGGGGCGGCGCCAGCCUAUUCACCGACCAGGCCGCCCGGCAUGCCGCCGCGUUCCACCGCCGAGACGUGGCUGGCCGCGGGCCCCCCAGGCGAGCCAGACCGCGCGGCGCGGGCGAGACAGCCGGCCAGCGGAGGGCGGGCAGGGGCCUCCACUGGCACGCCCGCGGCCGCCACGGCGCUGGCAGACAUGCGGGCCCGGCUCCUGGCGCAGGAGCAGCUGCUGGCCCAGGUCCAGCAGCAGGCCCAAGACCUCAGGCGCAGGAUCCGCGAGCAGCAGGCCGACCUGGCGGAGAUGGAGCUUCAGCAGGGCGAGCUCGUUGACAGCAUGCCGGCAGCCACCGAGGAGGCGGCGCCCGCCACCCCUGGCGCUCCAGCAAUCACCACGCUCAUGAUCCUCAACAUCCCAAUGUCUGUUACGCAGCGUGACCUGCUGGACCUCAUCGACAGGGCUGGUUUCAAGAACCGCUACGACUACGCCUACAUGCCGGCAACUUUUGACAGCGGUACCACUAGAGGGAUCGCAUUUGUGAAUUUUGCCGCCUCAAGCGACGCCCGCGAGUUUUCCGUCUUGUGGAACGGAUCGCGAUUGACUGGAGUUGCCGGUGCUGGAACCAGCGGGACCGUGAUCGAGGUCACCGCGUCGGCGACGCAGGGCUACUCGGAGAACGUCAGGAUGUGGAAGGCGAGCCGGCUGCGCCGCAUUAAGAACCCCAAGUUUCACCCUUUCAUCGCCCCGAGGCCAGCUGCCUAAUGAACGCGCGGUUGACAUUUUCAUUGGAUGACGCGGGCACCGCGCAGCGCGCCCCAGAGCGCGCCGGUUGGCGGCGACGGGCCCACCACGAGCUGCCCUCCUAGCGGGCAGCCCAGCCAGGCCGCGCGAUCAAGGCGUGCCAUGUGCAGAGAGGGAUUUGUUUAGUGCGCUCGCUUGAAUCUCUGCACGCAGCCGUGAAUCAUCAUCGGCGGCAGAGCUUCACGUAGUUUCGCAUUUGCUAGAUCAGUAUUCAGUAUGAGAAAGUUUCAAUGUUUCUAAGUGGGAAGCUUCCCUGGCCACAUGAACCCGAGGUGCUCAUUUCGAGGGCCCGGGUGCCUGAGGCCUCUUCGACCGACUGGAAAUACCUGGUCGGCCGGCCGUGCCCUUCCCACUGACUUUGUUUCGUUCAACAUUAUAAUAUUUGAGGAUUUUUUCAUGUCUGUCUUUGCUCCACGCUUUCGAACGAGGGCUGUGGCCACUGCCUCCCAUUGUUCAUUGAGUACCCUCGCCGCCCCAGCUGCCAUGCGUUCAGUGCGUGGCACCGAAACCUUCGGAGGCCAGCGCUCGGCUGCAGCAGGCGUGUUUUUGUUUUUCUGCCCACGUCGCAGGGCCGAAUGCGGGCACUCGAAGCCUUGCACGACUUCUGGGCGCGUGGCACUCGCUGGCGCCUUCACACUCCUCAACUCCUGGGACCCCCCCCCGAAAAAAAAGAGGGCCCCAGGACUGCCCCAAGACCCCAGGACUGCUGGAAGCGCC